AAAGCCGAAACACACAAAGACUCAAGGGAUUAGACAGCCAGACAAACAUACACAUCAGCAACCACAUGCACACAGAGUUAGGAUCUGGGAAACGCACACACACACACACACAAACAAACACACACACACACACAGGAGGGUGUACAUCUACCAAUAGCUUCUGAAAAAAUCUGGCAGAUGUCACAUACAUAUCCACACACACACACACACACACACACACACACACACACACACACACACACACACACACACACACACACACACACACAAAUAUACACUGUUUGCCUGGUCCUCUUAACAGCUGUAGCAGUGAACUUGAAGUCUUUGCAGUGGUUAAGCUCUGGGCUUUAAAGAAGGCAUUCUGGCUGGCAUUCUGUUGACAGGCGGUAGUCAACCAUAGAUAUGUAGAAAUGGCUUUGAGUGGGGCGGAUAUGGAUGAACUGUGAUUUGCGUGCUGUCAUAUGAGGGUUCAUAACCUAUACUUAAAUCCACGGGAGUAGGUCGCUGACAAGAGAGCUAGUAAUGGAUUGCUUGGGUAGUUUGUGUAAAACCGACCCACCCGAGUGAUGGAAUAUUAGUGAGAGGACAAGACACACUGGCAUCGUCGUCAUCAAGGUCGGCUGCUUGGUCAAAUCGCAGCUUGAGAGCUUUUCUCUUUUCUCGUCCUUCUUGGGGGUUUUUUCGGAGAGAAGAUUCAAACAUCAUUUUUCUCUCGCGACGGUUCAUCUUUCUCGGCUCAGACAGAGGACACCCAAGAGCAAUGAAGGCGACUUAAGAAGAGGAUGCUUGGGAAAUUAACCAAUAAGUAAAGCAUUAAAGAGUACGAGUCUUCAACUUUAAUGAAGUUCUCAGAGGGAUAUCCUCUGGUUUUCCUAAAUGUAGGAAAACCAGAAGAAUAAGGAGCUGUCGGAUUCUGGAGCAGGUCUACAGACCUUAGGGGGGGCUGCUCGCUGUGCAGAUGUCCCCAUGCCUCGCCCGUCUACUUAACUCCGCUGGCCUCCUCUCAGCGGCGGGCCACUCUCCUGGCGCCUCCCAGCCCGUCUCCUUCAUUCAUCACUCACUCAUCCCGACGCGUGAUCGGUCGAGGGGCUCUGCGAUCGGGUCUGUAAGCCGACCAUCGCCAUGGAGACGUCCCCAUCCAUGAGCACGCCGGUGGUGUCCGGCGACGAGGCGGAGGCCCAGCGGCCCCUCCUCCCGCCCAGACCCCCGCCCCCCCCCGGCUGUCCCCCCCAGUGCGGACUCCACCCCGCGGUGCACCACCAGGCGGGCCGGGGGGAUCCGGGGGUCUGGACGGACCGGCCGCAGGCCAUGGCUACGGUGCCCGUGUACAACGGCCACCUCUACGUCUCCGCCUCCCCCUCCCGCUCCUCCCCCUCCCCCUCCUCGACCUUUCCCCUCUGGAGGCGGGACAAAGGGGGCAAGGGAAAAGACGGCCGCGGCGACCGGAAGGGCCCGAAGAAGCAGCCGCCCGCGCGGCAGAACGCCGGUCACAAGGAGAAGAACAGAGCCAAGAAGCCGGAGGGUCCCCGGCCGCACCAGGAGAAGACCCCCGCACCCCCAUCCCCCGCCUCCUCUUACAGGGGCGGCCAGGGGACCCCCCACCGCGGGUCCCCUUACCGGGUGACCUGCCGCUCCCACCUGGAGGCCAGGGAGACCGCCGUGGGCUGGGGCGCCGCGGGGGAACGCCGCCACGACCCCACACCGGACGUUGCCGUGGAGAUGCGCGACCGCCGCACGGUCCCGGAGAUCAUCAUCACCGCCAGAGACGACGUGGACGAGGAGCUGGAGGAGUCCCGGAUCUACACGGUGGAGGGGGGGGACCGGCGUGGCCCGCUGCCCGGGGCGGAGGGCCCCGGCCCCGGCCCGGCCCCCGCCCCGGGGCCCCAGGAGUCCAAACCGGACAUGAAGGACGACCAGUACUGGAAGACCCACAGCAUCGGCUGGAGGCUGGUGCGGCGCAGGGCUCUGUUCGAGAGGAGGCAGCGGCUCAACGACUGUGCCCUGGCCGUGGGGAUCUUCGGGGUGGUCGUCAUGGUGAUGGAGACGGAGCUGUCCUGGAGUGUCUACAGUAAGAGUUCCAUCUACUCCAUAGUGCUGAAGUCGGUGAUCAGUGUGUCCACCGUGCUCCUGGUGGGCCUGAUCGUGGCCUAUCACUGCUGUGAGGUGCAGCUCUACAUGCACGACAACGGCGCAGAGGACUGGCGCAUCGCCAUGACGAUGGAGCGGGUCACGCUGAUUGCGCUGGAGCUCGUGGCGGUGGCCGUCCACCCGUACCCCAUGGGCGUGCUGGCCUACGUCCAGAAGGUCCCGCCCAGCUCGGAGACGGAGCUGGAGAUCAUGCUGGCUCUGCCCAUGUUCCUCCGACUCUACCUGCUGGGCCGCGCCAUGAUGCUGCACAGCCGGCUCUUCACAGACACCGCCUCGCGCAGCAUCGGCGCUCUGAACAAGAUCCACUUCAACACCCGCUUUGUGGGCAAGACGCUGAUGACCACCUACCCGGGCACUGUGCUCAUGAUCUUCAGCGUGUCCCUGUGGAUCGUGGCGGCGUGGUUUGUGCAUGUUUGUGAAAGGCACCACAACUACAGGGACCUCAGCAGCAACUACAUGGAGGCCCUGUGGAUGGUCUCUGUGACCUUCCUGUCCAUUGGCUACGGGGACGUGGUGCCCCACACCUACUGCGGUCGCAGCAUCUGUCUGCUCACAGGGAUCAUGGGGGCUGGCUGCACAGUGUUGGUGGUUGCCGUGGUUGCCAGGAAGCUGGAGCUUACCCGAGCAGAAAAACACGUCCACAAUUUUAUGAUGGAUUCCCACAUCUCCAAAGAGAUCAAAUCUGCAGCGGCAAACGUGUUGAGGGAGACUUGGCUCAUCUACAAACACACAAAGAUGUCGAGGGAGAGGGACCACACCAGGGUCCGCAUGCACCAGAGGAAGCUGCUGCUGGCCAUCCACCAUCUGCGCAGCGUGAAAAUGGAGAAGAGAAAGCUGGCCGACCAAGCUAACUCACUUGUGGAUCUCAGCAAGAUGCAGAGCCUGAUGUACGACGUGCUGUCGGAGGUGCAGGGCUGCCGGGGAGAGCUGGACACGCACGUCAACAGCCUGGAGAAGCACGUGGAGGAGCUGAGAGAGGGCUUCCGGAGCCUCAUGCCUCUCCUCUCCAACACGCUGUCCACACAAAACUCCUCCAUCCGCCACCUGCUGUGGGAGAGGGAGACCCAGGCGGAGAACGCCGCCACCGCCGCCGCCACAAGCGGGGGCGACGGAGCGCAAUAGGGCCAGACCGUGGGAACCAACGAUGGAGGGAGGGCCGGCUGGUGUUUGCAAGGACAUGGAUCCAUCUCCUCAGGGUUGACAAAGAUCAGGACACACAAUAUAUCUCUCUCUUCCCCCCCCCCCCCCCCCCCCCCAAGAGAUAAAAUCCUUGUUUGAGCUGAAACAAUGUAGUUACCGGUUUAGAAUAACUAGCAGUUUUGUAGAAAAAUGUGACAUGUAUUUUAAUGCAGCUCUAAUGGUGUACAAUUAAAAAUAAAACUCAAGUUACUUGGCAGUCCUCUUGUACAGGCCAUCAAUUAAAUUGUGCCAAGAAAUCCUCUGAACCGCUGGUUUAUGUCAGCCUGCUGUUAAAUAGAUCAAUUAAUUAUCUGAGAAGGGAAUGAGAACAUUCAUGUGAAUCAUAAUACUGUUUCUUUCACAAGUACUAAUAGCCCCAGUAGUUGUGUAAUAGGAUUAACAAGAAAGGGACAAGAAAGCCACAAUACGUAAAAAGUAAGGCAAGAACAACAGCAUUUUCUUUAGUCAAAACAAUAUUUUUUAUUAAGAGAGACAGGGUUGGAAGUCCAUGUACAGCAUAAACUGAUCUCCCAAUGAGCACAGUGAAAUCCUGUAUUGCCCAGUCAGUUCAGCCAGGCUGAUCCUGAAUGACGAUCGAUUUGUUUGGUCUUGAAUGAAGUACCGCCUGCCAUGUUGGGGCAGAAGACGCUGACAUUAACCGCUCCAACGCCACCUCUCUCACUCAGCGACAGUGAAAGCACCUAGUGCUGCUUCCUCCUGAA